GUGCAUGAUGUUUGUUUUUUUUCUCUAAAUGUUUAUUUUUGAGAGAGAGGGAGCAUGCGCACGCGAGUUGGGGAGGGGCAGAGAGAGGGAGACAGAGGAUCCAAAGCAGGCUCCACGCUGACAGCAGAGAGCCUGAUAGAGGGUUCAAACUCACCAACCAUGAGAUCAUGACCUGAGCUGAAGUCAGACGCUUAACUGAGUGAACCACCCAGGUGUCCCUGUGCACUAUGUUUCUAAGGCUUUUAUAACUUUCUCUUACAUUUUGUGGGUUUUGACUAAGCCAGAAGCACUACUAGGGCAUGACCUCUUUUUAAGGUUUUCAGACCACUCAGGUAGAAAAUUCAUGUAAAAGCUAAUUUGGGGAUAUUAUACCUCCAGGGAGAUUUGUUUUACUCCCUCCCCCUCUCAAGUGUGAAAGGCAAUUUUCCUUGCAUUUUCUGGGUGGAUGGGGGAAGGGGGUAAAGUGGAUUGUUUCUAGUUCGUCCUUCAUGAACUUGAUGAAAAUACAGGUUUUCCACCAGACGGUCCACUUAGGAAAGGGCUUUUUCUUCUUCCCGUCUACCCCCAAAUCUGUUUAUUUUACUUGGUUAAGCAAAUACUCUGAAGCUGAACCAACCUGUGUUUACUUACCUUGCCAGCUUCUCAUUUUCCCUUCAUUUUUGGACUCUUGUAUGUGUCUUUCACUUAGCACAUCAAUGUAUUUUUGAAAACGUUCAUGGUAUCUGACAUAUCUUAAUGGUUUUCUGCAAGGGAGUUGCUCUAAGGCAUUCUGGGAAAGAAUCUACAGCCUGUACUGGCUGUGUCAUGCACGUCGUUCUCUGUGCCUUGCUUGCUGUUCUUUGCCCUGUAUUCGUGGGAGGUAAUGGGUAGAUUGUCUCAUUUAAUGGCAGCUUGGGUUUCUAAGGAAACCUAUAGAAAGUGUAUAGUCCAUCCUGGAAAAAUGCUCUAUGAAUACAAGCUAAUAUUGUAUUUUGAACUGAAAACGCACACAUUUGUAUGCCUCGUCCAUCCAAGCCCUCCAAGUCACAAACAUUGGUGUAAGAGCAUAGUUAUUGUAAGACGUGGGGUUGAAAAGAAAUCUGCUUUUUUAGUUUAUUGCGAUAGACUUAGACAGUAAAAUACACAUGAACAAUGUCAGCAUGCUUAAAGUGUACUUUAAAAUCCUUCUCGUUCACGGACAUUGUUUUCUUCUGAUCUUUGUAUUUUAAAAAUAAUGUUAAAACCCCACAUAUUUAAGUUUGAACAUUUUGCCAAAAGAGGGCAGUAUUCACCCGCAGUAGAAUGUAAAGGGACUGAAAACUUACUGGAAAGGAGGCGAGUGAAUUUAUUUUUCCUCAUAAGGUUGAUAAAGUUUGACCAAACUAGACCUGCAAUGACUAGAUUUGCCUGCCAGUCUGGUUCUCUGGGAUGGUUGCCCCGGUGGGACCAUCCCACAUUUUCAUGUGUUUUUCUAUUACUUUGACAUUUUUUAAAGUGCUAGUUCAGGGGGAAGAGUUGUUUGAAAACUUUAAGGAUAAAACCAAAAACCUUUCCCAAAUACCUGCUUAGAGUGACCAAAAAAGCACGUGUGUAAGGCGAGGUCAUUGAAGUGUGUCCCGGCCCGUGACUCAGGGCCACUUCCCUCAGGGACCCGUGGCCGUUUAAACCCGAAAAAUGAGGCUCCGGCCGGCCGUGGUGCACCCGGACCCGAGGUGGCUCGGCCUUGUACUUUGCGCGUUUGUUUUUCUAUCAGCUUGUCCCCUCUGCGCGUUGGUACAGGAGUUCGCGGUUUAAACAUACAGCCUUGAACGUUAAAUAUUCAAGGAGGAAAUCGGAAGUAGCUGCUUUGAAUGUCAAGAGUGAGGUGCUUUGGGUUUCCAGGAGUGGAAUGCGCAGGAGGCAACGAAACCGAUUUCUGGAAGCACAGGAAAAUGUGAGCCUAGACCAGCGAAUUAGAACCCUGCCUGCCCUUUAGGGUUUGGCGAUAUUACCGGAUAAAAAGGAAAGCCGUUGUGCACUGGUUCAGUACAUCACGAAUCCACUUGAGCUGCAGAAGGACAGACAGCUCGGGGCCCGGAGGCCCGGGCUUACGUAACGCGCAGUGGAAGCCACUUUGGAAAAGCUUUACACUUGCGUUCUGCCGCCUGCGGCGCACGCUCGUUUCCCGCAGCGGCUCCGGCGAGGACGAGCUUCUCCGCGGCCCUCGGGGGGUGCGGCGCCCCCUAGAGGCGGCGGGCGCCCCCUGCCCUGUAACGUGAUCUCCCCGCUCCUGGAUUGGCCAGAAGCGCAGUUUUCCCCGGGAGCCGCUCGUAGCUGGGCUCCCAAGCCGGGCUCCCCACGACGGGCCCCGCACGGCAGCCGCCGCCGCCGCCGCCGCCGCCGCCGCCGCCGCUUCGCUUCCGGCAGCGGAUGGAGCGAUGGCGCCCAGACUCCCCUGCUGGACCACUUGCUUCCUCCUGGUCGUGUGGUGCCCGCCCGCGCUCCCCUGCCCUAGCCGGUGCCUUUGCUCGAAGAGCACCGUCCGCUGCAUGCACUUGAUGCUGGAUCACAUUCCUCAGGUGCCGCAGCAGACCACAGUCCUAGACUUGCGGUUUAACAGAAUACGAGAAAUUCCUGGGAGUGUCUUCAAGAAACUUAAGAAUUUGAACACUCUUCUCCUGAACAACAACCAAAUCAGAAAGAUUUCCAGAAAUGCUUUUGAAGGACUUGAAAAUUUACUUUAUCUGUAUCUGUACAAGAAUGAAAUUCAUGCCCUCGACAAGCAAACCUUUAAAGGACUCAGAUCCUUGGAACAGCUCUAUAUUCAUUUCAACCAAAUAGAAACGCUACAGCCGGAGACCUUUGGAGACCUUGUGAAUUUAGAAAGACUGUUUUUGCAUAAUAACAAAUUAUCGAAAAUUCCGGCCGGGAGCUUUUCUCAUCUGGAUUCAUUAAAGAGACUGCGUCUGGAUUCCAAUGCCCUAGUUUGUGACUGUGACUUAAUGUGGCUGGGGGAACUUAUGCAAGGCUAUGCCCGGAAUGGCCAAACUCAGGCUGCUGCUACAUGUCAAUAUCCCAGAAGGCUCCAGGGACGCUCCAUUGCUUCCGUAACGGUGGAGGAGUUCAACUGUGAGAGUCCCCGAAUUACUUUUGAGCCCCAGGAUGUGGAGGUAACAUCGGGGAAUACUGUCUACUUCACUUGCCGAGCGGAAGGAAACCCCAAACCGAAGAUUACUUGGAUACAUAACAACCAUUCAUUGGAUUUGGAAGAUGAUACUCGACUUAACUUGUUUGACGAUGGGACACUCAUGAUCCGAAACACCCGUGAGUCGGACCAAGGUGAAUAUCAGUGCAUGGCCAGAAACUCAGCCGGGGAAGUCAAGACCCAGCAUGCUAUGCUCAGAUACUCCAGUCCUCCAGCCAAGCCUAGUUUUAUAAUCCAGCCCCAGGACACAGAGGUUUUCGUUGGCACGAGCACAACUUUGGAAUGUAUGGCCACGGGCCACCCACACCCCCAUGUUACUUGGACGAGGGGCAGCGGAGAGGCCCUGGAUGGAUCCAGGCACCUGGCUACUUCCGGAGGACUCUACUUGCAAAAUGUCACCCUGCAGGACCACGGUCGAUUUACCUGUCACGCCGACAAUAAUCAAGGCUCUGUCCAAGCCACAGCGAACAUAAUUGUACAAGCUCCUCCACAAUUCACAAGAAUUCCCAAGGAUCAAAUGGUGCUAGAAGGACAUUCUGUAGAAUUUCUCUGUGAGGCUGAAGGCAACCCACCUCCAAUAAUUGCCUGGACCAAAGCAGGGGGGCAGCUCCCUCAGGAAGGUCCACAUACAGUUCUCUCCUCUGGCACUUUGAGAAUUGACCACGCAGCACAUCAUGACCAAGGCCAAUAUGAGUGUCAGGCAGUCAGUCCAUUGGGAGUGAAAAAAGCGUCUGUCCAGCUGACUGUAAAACCCAAAGCUCUCCCAGUGUUUACUCAACUACCUCAGGACACGAGUAUACAGGUUGGCAAGAAUAUAAACAUUUCGUGUCAUGCUCGAGGAGAACCACAGCCCGUGAUUACUUGGAAUAAGGCAGGUGUUCAGAUUACGGAGAGUGGUAAAUUCCAUGUCAGUGGUGAAGGCGUGCUCACCAUCUAUGAUGCAGGGCAAGCAGACCAAGGAAAGUAUGAAUGUGUGGCUCGGAACUCAUUUGGCCUUGUUGCGGCCAACAUGUUUCUCACGGUCAUUGCAAUGCAGGCUAGACAAGCUGGCGAUGACUUUGUCGAAUCAUCCAUUCUUGACGCGGUACAGAGGGUUGACAGUGCAAUUAACUCCACACGAAGACAUUUGUUUUCACAAAAGCCUCGCACCCCUGCUGAGCUGCUGGCUCAGUUUCGUUAUCCGCAUGACCCGUUUACUGUGGAGACAGCCAGAGCUGGGGAGAUUUUUGAGCACACACUUCUGCUGAUCCAGGAACACGUGAAGCAGGGGCUCACUGUUGAUCUGGAAGGCAGAGAAUUCCGCUACAACGACCUGGUGUCACCACCCUACCUCAGCCUCCUCGCCAACCUGUCGGGCUGCACCGCGCACAGGCAGGUGCCCGACUGCUCGGACCUGUGCUUCCACCAGAAGUACCGAGCCGCGGACGGCACGUGCAACAACCUGCAGCACCCCGCGUGGGGCGCGUCCCGGACGGCCUUCGAGCGCAUCCUGAAGCCUGCCUACGAGAACGGCUUCAACCUGCCGCGCGGCGCGGGCCGCCAGCCCCUCCCGCCGCCCAGCCUGGUGUCCACGGAGCUGGCGGCCACCGCCACGGUCACCCCGGACGACCGGUACACGCACAUGCUCAUGCAGUGGGGCCAGUUUCUGGACCACGACCUGGGCCACACGGUGCCCGCGCUGAGCACGGCGCGCUUCUCGGACGGGCGGCCGUGCAGCGCGGUGUGCACGAACGACCCCCCCUGCUUCCCCAUCCAGCUGCCCGACGGCGACCCCCGCCGCGCCCACGCGGCCUGCCUGUUCUUCGCGCGCUCCAGCCCCGUGUGCGGCAGCGGCGCGACGUCGCCGGCGAUGAGCUCGGUGUACGCGCGCGAGCAGGCCAACCAGCUCACCGCCUACCUCGACGGCUCCAACGUGUACGGGAGCUCGGAGCGGGAGUCCCGGGCGCUCCGGGACCUGGCCGCGCCGCGGGGGCUCCUGAGGACCGGCCCGCCGUGGGCCCCCUCGGGAAAGCACCUGCUGCCCUUCGCGCCGGGCCCGCCCACCGAGUGCGGAGGGCCCGGGCGGGCCGGCCGCGGCCCCUGCUUCCUGGCCGGGGACCACCGGGCCAACGAGCAGCCGGCGCUCACGGCCAUGCACACGCUGUGGCUCCGGGAGCACAACAGGCUGGCCGCGGAGCUGCGCGCCCUGAACCCCCACUGGGACGGAGACACCCUGUACCACGAGGCCAGGAAGAUCGUGGGCGCCGAGCUGCAGCACAUCACCUACAGCCACUGGCUGCCCAAGAUCCUGGGGGAGCCGGGCAUGAGGCUGCUGCGGGGGUACCGGGGCUACGACCCCAGUGUGAACGCGGGCAUCCUGAACUCCUUCGCCACCGCGGCCUUCAGGUUCGGCCACACGUUAAUCAACCCGGUCCUGCAGCGGCUGAACGGCAGCUUCGGCGAGAUCCCCGAAGGCCACCUGCCACUGCACAAGGCCUUCUUUGCGCCGUCCAGGAUAAUCGAGGAGGGCGGGAUAGACCCCCUCCUUCGGGGGCUGUUUGGCACGGCGGCCAAACUGCGGGUGCCGUCCCAGCUGCUGAGCCCGGAGCUGACCGAGAAGCUCUUCUCCAGCGCCCGCUCCGUGGCCUUGGAUCUGGCGGCCACCAACAUCCAGAGGGGGCGAGACCACGGCAUCCCCCCCUACGCCGACUUCCGGGUGUUCUGCAACUUGAGCUCGGCGGAGAGGUUCGAGGACCUUCGGAACGAGAUUAAAGACGCAGGGAUUCGACAAAAACUGAAAAAGUUGUACGGCUCUCCAGGCAACAUCGACCUCUGGCCCGCCCUCAUGGUUGAAGACCUGAUCCCUGGUACGAGAGUGGGACCAACACUUAUGUGCCUGUUUGUUACCCAGUUUCAGCGGCUAAGAGAUGGAGAUAGGUUCUGGUAUGAGAACCCCGGAGUGUUCACACCCGCGCAGCUCACUCAGCUGAGGCAGGCAUCCCUGGGCCGCGUGCUCUGCGACAACGGCGACAACAUCCAGCAGGUGCAGGCCGACGUGUUCGUGAAGGCGCAGUACCCGCAGGACUACCUGAGCUGCAGCGAGAUACCGCAGGUGGAUCUGCGGGUGUGGCAGGACUGCUGUGAAGGCUGUAGGAGCAGAGGACAGUUGAGAGCAUUCGCACAAGAGUCUCGAAAGAAACGCUCUGCUCAAUACAGCUAUCCUGACGAGCAAGAUAAGGACUUGCGUGGGCAACAAGAUCACUUGUCCGUAGAUGAAGAUGGUAGAAAUGUGACGUUUCUGGCAAAAACAGAGUUUGCCCACGAUUUCAGCAAUUUUGCAGCAGAAAUUCAAAAAACCAUCAAAGCUCUCAGAGAACAGAUAAACAAGCUGGAGGCACGCCUCAGGCAGGCAGGAUGCACGGAUGAUGAAGGGAUUCAGAGGAGAGACCAGGAACACUGGAUGAAAGACGACUGCAUUCGCUGUACGUGUAAGAGUGGCCAGGUCACCUGCGUGGUGGAGACUUGUCCCCUGGCUGCGUGCCCCCGUCUGGAGUCGGUGAAAGGAACCUGCUGUCCGGUUUGCGGAGACCCGGCCGAUUCCCCGGAGAAACGCUAACCAGUGUCAUCGCUCUUGAGCCCUGAGUGGGGGAAUUUCUCAGGAAAAGACAGGCACGUCGGACUUCAGUACUUUUCACCCGGAGUCACACUCCAGGCGCAGAAGUCACUGACAACGUAGUUCAUUUAACUCUCCAACACACUGGAGAUCUUUUGUCUUUCUAUCUUCUAAUGUACCGUGAAGUAAUGCAAAAAUUCAAGUCUAUAAAGUACAUAGGAAUUAUUUUAUUGUAAGAAGGAUUUCGUAUUGGAAGCUACCAGUUUUAUUGGCCGUACAUGGAAAUGAAAAGAAUAUCAUGCAGCAUUGUUUUGUUUUGUUUUUUGUUUUUUUGUUUUUUUUAGAUCUGAGGAUUGUGGAAAAGCUCGCAUGUCAAAAUUCAGAGAGAUUUUGUGAUCUCCAGGAAUUUUGAGAGAAUGCGUCUUGCACUCAGAGAAAUCAUCUGGAAAGAUUUUUGCGAUAGCUUCGGCACAACGCGUGAUGCUGCUUUCCUCAUCGCGCUCUGUCUUUUGCGUCUAGAACCUAGAUAAUGGCCAGACUUUGCUGGAAACGCACUUCCCGUAACCGUCACUAGGCUCUAACUUGUAGAACAUUAGGGGGAAGUCAGGGAAAGUAUAAUUUGGGGGAGCUUGCUAUGUUGUACAUUUGGCUGGGAAAUACAAACACCGUGAAGGGAACGAGCCUUCAAAGGAGCACAAUACCUGCCUUUCCCUUGUGCCAUUCUUAUCACGUGUGAGAUGUCGAAAUUGAAAUUUUCCAAGUCUGAGCAACUUGGGAACAAUUCAAAUCUGAAUUUACUGUCAGAAAAAUGGGAAAUGUCUGCGGCUUAAACAAAAGGUCGUGCUAUGAGGUUUCUUCUAAUUUUGGCACUCUGUAUAGCAUCUCUAAUACAACCCAAUAUAAAAAAUAAAAAUUAAAAAAUACAGCCCAAGAGAGAACAGGUUUAGCUAUACUCAGAGUUGGAUAUUUAGCACGUUAGGUGAGUUUCUUAUAAUCAAUGUUUUUAAAAUAUUGUGCACCCAUAUGUAGGGGUUGGUUACAGUUGUUGGUAGAUUUCUUUAAGAAAUUCGUUGUUCUAGAACCUUUGAGGAGAGACUUCAUGUAGUGUCCUGCCCAGGGAGGCUCUUAGGGUGAUAACUCUACUGAUACCCAGUUGCAAAACAGACAUUUAACAACAGGCAUCAUCUCGCAGUAUUUAGAAGCAUUGUGUAAAGUGCAGGACACAUUUUAGUCAAAAUAUCCUCAUGGUUUUAGUAUUAUGAGUGAAGAAAGAUGUUUUUGGAGUUUGAUGAUGCACAUCAUUAUUUUAAAAAUGUGCUGGUGAUCCCCUCCCAAGAUCCCAAAUAACUUCUACGAAAAAGUUUACGGGCAAAACGUAGUAUGUCCUAAAGGUUUGACAUUUGAUGCCUUUUGAAAUCCAAAAUAAUUUCUACUUAACGUUUCGAAAGGCAAAACGUAGCAGGUCCCAAAAUCUUGACAUUUGGUGGCCUUUCAAAACCCAACAAAGUGAAAUGAAGCCAAACCUCAUGGAAGUGUAAUUUGUUCCUCUGAAACAACCACAGCAAGCGUAUUGCAAAUGACAGUAACACAGCUAAGAGUUGAGGCUUCUCGUCAUGUUCAUUUGUCAUUGUAUCCUUUUCUUCAAGUUGAAGCAAGACCUGCAUGGUAUCUCGUGUUAUUUUUUAUACCCUGGCCACAUGUUAACGUGGAUGCCACCUGGUCAAUGUUUGGUUCAUUAACCAUAAGCAAAUAUCAAAAUAACAGCAUCAAAUUAUCAUUUAAAAUGGAACACGGGAAUUUUCAAGCUUGUCCGUCAGUCGACAAUUGGAAAAUAUUCAGCCCCCCUUACAGAUAUGGCUAUAAUGCAGAUUACCUUUCUUCUUUCUUCA